AUGAACGAGCACUAUGACGACGCAUGGGUUCUCCCAGACGAACAUGAAGUCGAGUCCACUGAUCGCUUUGCGGAGCGGGGCAUCUCUUGGGACACUGACUGGGACACGGCCGAUUAUGAAGUCGAGUCCACUGAUCACUCUGUGGACCGGGGCAUCUCUUCGGGAACUGACUGGGACACUGACGACUUGGGCAACGACAUCGAAGAGGCUUUCAAGCCAGCCUCCAAUGUCUCGACCUUGCAAACUUCUAGGCCAGCGAACGAUAAAGAGUACUCGUACAGUCCCGUGGAUACAGAUCAGCGCUGUAUACGACUGCUGAAGCCCCGGCGACCUUGUCCUGGUAGUGGCCGCAUUCAAUGCUCCCUCAGUACUCAUAUACUCGGCGAAGCGCCUUGCUACACCGCGCUAUCCUAUACAUGGAGCCGACCAGACGCUAGUUGUUGUAUCUCCGUUGAUGGUAAGCGGGCACAAGUGGGCAAGAAUCUACUGCGGUUUUUUCAGAUGGCCCAGGACUUCAAGCACUAUCGUGCAACACUCUUCUGGAUCGAUGCCAUCUGA